AUGGAGUCUGGCGCCAAGCGACGCAAGGUCUCUCACAAUGGCGACGCCCCCAAGUCCAAACGAUCCGUCGCCAUGGCCACGGCCAGUCCUUUCGUCCUGCAGACCGAAGAGCUCCUGAAGGAGGUCAAGGUCGACUACGCAGAGACCUUUGACGGCGCCGACGCCCUUUUGAAGCAGAUCAAACAUGUCAUCGACGGCAUUGCCCCGCAGGAGGCCGCCCCCAUCUCCGAUGCCACGCGCAAGUUCCAGAAGAAGCACCACAUCCAGAUCCCCUUUCCCGACCCCAAGCCCGCCGCCGACGCCCCCUACAAGCUCGCCUACGCCAAGCCCGCUGCCUGCAAUGUCGUCGGCAGCUACGUCUCGCGCACCAUGAUCCAGGGCCAGGAGGACAAGUGCGUCGACAUGAUUGUGCAGAUGCCCGCCUCGCUCUUCCAGGACAAGGACUUCCAGACCAUGCGCUACUUUUACCGUCGCGCCUACUAUAUCGCCAACAUUGCCGCUGGCGUUCGCGAGGCCCUGGGGUCGUCUGUCGACCUUCUGUUCGAGAACCUCAACGAGAACAGCCUUCUGCCUAUUUUGACCAUUCUUCCCAAGGUCGAAUCGGAGAGCCUGAAUAUGCCAUCCGCAUCAUCCCCUGCGCCCCCGACGGCCUCUUCGCCAAGUCCAAGCUCAUCUCCACCGCAAACAACAACAAGGGCCGACGGCGCAGACGCCCCGACCCCGUUCUACAACUCAACCCUCAAGGCUGAGGAGACAUUCGUCACAUACCUGCGCGUCUUGACCCCGCGCGAGGACCCAGUGCAAAGCCUUCGCGGAUGCCUGCAUCCUCGGCAAGCCCAUGGAGUAAUGGUCCGUCGGCCGAGUCGCAAGAAGGAAGCCGCCAGGUUCCGUCAGUUCUGGGGUGACAAGUCGGAGCUGCGAAGAUUCAAGGACGGCAGCAUCCUCGAGUGUGUCCCUUGGAAACAGACAUCUGCGGCGGGCAUCUGCGAGGAGAUUACCCGCUACGUGCUGAAGCUGCACGCGAGCGUCGAGGAGAGCAACAUCCACUUCUACGGCGGCAAGACGCCGGAUGGUCUCGAGUUCACGCCCGUUGACAAGGAGGCUUUCGACACGGCGAGGCGCGCUUUCCAGACGAUGGAGCACGACCUUCGCAGUCUCGAGGACCUGCCCCUUUCCAUCAGGCGGUUGGCGCCUGUUGUGCCCGAACUCCGCUACGCCUCGAUUCAGCCGCCCGUCAUCGGCUUCCACAAGGGCACUGCCGUUCCUAUGGACGUGACGCUCACGUUCGAAGCGUCGAGCAAGUGGCCUGAGAAUGUGGUGGCGAUCCAGGAGGCCAAGAUUGAAUUCCUGCUUGACAUUGACAGGAGGCUGAAGGCCGCCAAGGACAACAUCACAACGUGCCUCGGCCGUGACAAUGCCGUCCGCGACUCGGACAACCUGGCUUUCCUCGACGUCGUCUACGAGAACGGCGCGGCGUUCCGCCUGCGCGUCCACUCGGAUCCCGAGGAGACACUUCUCGAGCGCCAGGCGAAGAACAAGACGCUCGACCCCUAUGUUCGGCUCGCCGCCGAGGAGACGCUACACAAGAUCCGUUGGCAGAACAAUGACCUGCCGCUCCACACGCAGUCCAUCGCCAGCUUCUGCACGCGCCUCCCCGCUCUCUCGCCCGCAAUCCGCAUGACCAAGCACUGGUUCAACAGCCACAAGCUGACGGGCCACAUUUCCGAGGAGCUCAUCGAGCUCCUCGUGCUCCACGUCUUCCUGCGCCCGCACCCGUGGAAGAUCCCCUCGAGCGCGCAGUCCGGCUUCCUGCGCACCCUCCUCUUCCUCUCCCGCUGGGACUGGCGCACGCAGCCCCUCGUCGUCGACUUUUCCGACGACAUGUCUCCAGCGGACGCGGCGCUGUCGCAAACAACGCUCGCGGCCUGGCGCGCGCGCGACCCCACCAUGAACCACGCCGUGCUCUUCGUCGCCACUUCCCACGACCCAACGGGCCAGUCGUACACACGCACGGCGCCGACGAAGCUCUCGGCGACGCGCAUGACGCGCCUUGCCAAGUCGGCCGUCCGCCUCGUCCGCGAGCAGGACGUCGCGCUCGAGAUUGACGCCCUCUUCGAGCCGUCCCUCGCAGACUACGACUUCCUCCUCCACCUCUCGUCCAAGGAGACGAAGCGCGUGCUCCGCGACGCCGCCGCCGACGCGGGUGCGCGCCACUCGGCGUUCAAGAACCUCGACGCCCGGACGGGCAAGGUGCCGCUCCCGCUGGCACGGCAUCCCGUGGAUGUGCUGCUCGGCGAGCUCGAGGCCGCGUACGAGGACAGCCUCAUCUUCUUCCGCGGCAGCCGCGGGGACGCCGUCGUCGGGGCCAUCUGGCAGCCCAAGCUCCGGAGGCAGGCGUUCCGGGUCGGCCUGCCUUUUAACUUUUCGGCCGUCGGGGACGGGGCCGAGGUCGAGGUGAACAAGGAGGCCGUCUUGUUGGAGAUUGCGAGGAUUGGGGGGGACAUGAUCAAGAGGAUCGAGGUUGCAGAGUAG